AAAGUGCUGUAGAAGAUAGAGGAAUUGCCGGAGUUAGGUGGGAAAUCACGUGAGUUCUGCCAAUUCGGUGGCAAAUUCAUCCAGAUCAAUCCCCGUCUCCGGAUCGAGAGAAAAGAAGAGGAACGGCGACGCGCGUGUACAGCCUCGCGCCGCCUCGCCUCGCCUCGCCUCGCCGGGGCCCACUCCGCCGCCUCUCCGGGAGCCGCAGCCCGCAGUUCGCCACCACCACGGUCCACGGUGCGCGCCCGCCGGGAGCACCAGCCGUCGGCGCCGGAAUCGAUCCCCCGUGCUGCCGCCUCCUGUGCGGGGACCCGAGCCAAUGCCUCGCUUCGUCGCCUGCGGCUUCUGCGACCUCUUCGGGAGUACACAUAUGGAUUUGAAGCACUGAAAUCUUUUCUGUUUUUGUUGUUUCGCUGAUAGUAGUUCUUGUCUUGUGGUGCGAUCCGGUUUGUCUUCCUCCACACCACAAGAUAUUGCACUUAUCGUUGGAAAACAGUGCGAAGAAAAGGAGGAAGAAUUGGAUCCGGUAGUAAUGGAAGAAGCACUGGACUGGUCUUUCUGCGAACCCUUGCUGACAGUUGCCAUAUCUUUGAUGGACAGAGCUUUAUUCUACUUUGGUGGUGUCAAGGAGAAGGAGAAGGGGAGCAAGAAAAGAUUUGGUGGUGUCGACAAGGAGAAGAUAUUGGAACGACUCGGACAUGUUCGAGCAAUAUUCGAUGAGUUCCGUCAUCUGGUUCUGACCAAUCUGAAAAUUCCGUUCAGCUACAAUCUUAAAGAAAUCUGGAGUUUCAGGAUUGACAUUGAGGGGUUCGAGCACUGGAUCGAGGAGAUCGAAUACCGUGGGCUGGUGGGACAGGGUCGCCACCCGACCUUCAAUAUUCUCAAGGCAAAGAUCACCAACAAGUUUGCGAAAUCUCCUGAUUCGUAUGCCAUACGGGAAGGGCUGGAUCACCUGAUGAGGUUAGCGGAUAUUGCAGCACGAAUACGGUAUUUACGAUUUGAGAUCUCUGUAUCCUCCAGCAGAACAACCACUCCGGUGGCAGUUGGCCGAGGGAGGGAGAAGGAAGAUAUAGAGGUGGUUAGCCGAGGGAGAGAGAAGGAAGAGAUACAGCUCUUUGGCCGAGAGAGGGAGAAGGAGCAGAUAGUGCAGUGGUUGAUCAAGCAACCAGCUGAAAACUCUGAGUCUGAGAUCUUCAGCACUGAUCAUAUCCGGCUUUUUGCAAUUCUGGGUGUGGCUGGCAUGGGGAAAACUGCACUUGCCAAGGUAGCUUGCCAAGAACCCAUUGUGUCAACCAUUUUCGACUUUGUUGUGUGGGUUCAAGUGCCUUAUGAUUUCACUACAGAGACAAUAGCAAAAAUCAUAAUGGAAACUGUUACCAGUGUGUCGCCUGAAUACUAUAGUUUAAAGUUUCUGCAGCACGCUCUUACGGGCAAAAGGCUUUUGCUUGUUCUGGAUGAUACCUGGGAAGACGAAAGUGUGAAGAAGUGGGAAGCACUGGUGGCUACUCUCAGUAACUGUAAGAGAGGGAGCAGUAUCCUGCUGACAACUCGAAUGCAAUCAGUGGUUGAUAUGGCAGCAGAAGCUGUAGGGUCUCCAGCUGAAUGUCUGGAACUGGAUGAAUUGGGCAAAAGUGACAAUCUCUUGUUGUUCAUGAGUCGGUUGCCUUCUCAAGUGCAUUCUGAAGGUUAUUAUCAUCUUCGGUUGAUCGGUGAACAGAUAGCCGAAAAUACUGGAGGAUGCCCACUUGUAACAGAAAAGGUCGCUUCAUGGUUGGGAUCAUGUGUGGAGAACCAUCAUUGGAAUGCCGUCCUACAGAAAGGCUGGCAGAAACUGGGACUUAAUGCCAUUUUUGCAAGUUCUAGGUUGAGCUAUGAACGUCUACCUUCAGAACUGCAAAUUUGCUUUAGAUACUUUAGUAUAUUUCCAAAGGGAUACAAAUUUAACAAGGUGGAAUUAGCAAACAUGUGGAUUAGUUCUGGAUUGAUACCUUUUGGCUUAUCGAAACAAGAUGAUACUGGCUUACAGCAUAAGAAGGCUGCCUACCUGUUUAGUGCAGAGGAUGUUGGGGAACAAUACUUUGCUGCAUUAGUAAGGAAAUCGUUCUUUUGCCGUUUGCUGGAAACAGACCCUUCUAAUGGAAAUAUGAAAGAAUAUUAUGUCCUGCAUAAUUUGAUGCAUGACUGUGCACAGUUUGUUGCACGAAAUGAAUGCGCAAGAGUAGAUGACAAUAAUUUUCAAGAUGUCAGGCGGACAACAGUACACUUGUCUAUUGCACAUUGUGGCUCUUUAAGAGCAAUCCCCCCUAUAACAAAUUUACGUACUCUUAUUAUACAAAGUGAAUUUUGUCUUGAUCAAGAGGCUGAACUUAUGCUUGGAGAAGUUCUUCGUAAAUCGGCACGCUUGCGUCUGCUAUACUUGGAUGUGCCAUCCCUCUCUAAUGCACUUGAUGAAAUCCCCAGUCUAACACAGCUCCGUUACCUCUUCCUGUUUUCAUGUGAUAAGUCUCAUAUUCGAAGUAUCCUUAAACUCUGUCAUCUGCAAGUGUUCAAGCUCAAAUAUUUCACAGGUAAACAAGCAGACUUGGAUGGCAUACGGAACAUGCGUUUCUUGCGUUGUCUUCAUGUUCCUGACAGUAUGUUAUCAAAGAUACUUAAAACUGGGAUGCCAACAACACUUCAGGAGUUACAAGAAUUCGAGGUAGCUAAAAAUGAUGGUCACAUGUUGAGUGCAUUGAGUACUUUAACAAACCUUAAGCGACUCAGCCUAAGAAACCUCCAAAAUGUCAGGAACUGUAAAGACGCAAUGGAGAUCAAAUUAAAGGACAAACCAGACAUGAUGUUUUUGUCACUAUCAUGGAACAAACACUCAAAUGAUCCAGAGGAUAUAGAUCAUCAAAUCAUCGAUAACCUAGAACCAAACAAAGGAAUUCAGCAGUUGCAUGUGUAUGGAUACAAUGGAGUCCAACUUCCGGUUUGGAUCGAGACUUCAUUUCUCAUCCAUUUGGUGUCACUUGAGCUUCAAUACUGCAUGGAAUGGAGGACCCUGCCAUCAUUUAAGGAGCUUAGUUCACUGAAGUAUCUAAAGCUGGAACACCUUUUCCAAUUAGGCUCGGUGAUUGAGGAGCAAUCUGGGAGCAUAGAAUCAGAUAAUGCAUUUCUGCCCCCAUUGCUCAAUACGCUGAUCGUCCGGUGGUGCCCUAACCUGAAGAAACUCCCUGCUUUACCUUGUACCCUUGAGAAAUUAAUAAUAAGGCAUGUUGGGCUUGCAGUUCUCCCUAGAUUACAUCAGGCAUAUGCUAGCACAUGUGAAUCAUUAUCAGUAGAUUCGCGUCUUUCUCUUUUGCACAUUGAAAGUUGUGCACAUUUGACUUCUUUGGAUGGUCUCCUAGAUCAACAGCAACAUCUUCAGCACCUCAAGACAUUACUCGUGAGACAUUGUGCAAAACUAUGCCAUCUACCGGCAAAUGGUUUCACAGAAUUACAUCACUUGAAUUUCCUAGAAAUAGUUGCAUGCCCAAUGCUGAGGAAUGUUAAGACUGACAGCAAUCUGUUCCCUACAUCACUCAAUAACUUGGAUAUCAAUCCAUGCUGUCAUAUUGAGGCUUCAGUUCUCAUGUCACUGCCAAACCUCACCUAUCUCAGAAGGUUAUCAUUGGUCAGUUGCAGUAGUGUAGAAAAACUUCCAUCAGAUGAAGUGUUUAGGACACUGAAAAAUCUCAAUGAUAUGUUGAUAGCCAGAUGUGAAAGCUUGUUAUCACUCGGUGGGCUUGGAGCUGCUGCCUCCCUGAGAACUCUAUCAAUCCUGUACUGUGACAAAAUCUAUUCUUCAUCAUCUCCACAGGCUGGCUGCUCCUUUAUGCUAUGGAAGCUCAAAGUUGAUCGUGAAGCCAUGUUGCUGGUGGAGCCAAUAAAGAGCCUCAGGUACACCUUGGAGCUGCAUAUUGGUGAUGAUUAUGCAAUGGAUUCCUUGCCAGAGGAGUGGUUGCUUCAGAAUGCUUCUUCACUCCGUUUGAUCGAGAUAGGAGUUGCUAAGAAUCUGCAGACCCUACCUACUCAGAUGGAAAAGUUGGUAUCACUACAGAGUUUGCAUAUCGAAAAAGCCCCUCGAAUUCAGUUUCUCCCCAAGCUGCCAUUUUCACUUAAUAAGCUCACAAUCUGGGGCUGUGACCCAAGGUUUCUGAAGCUCUAUGAAAGGAAUGUUGGUUCAGACUGGGGAAAAAUUGAAAACAUUGAUCAUGUGGAUAUGAAAGCCUACUCUGAAGAAACAAGCGAUGAUGAUGAUGAUAAGAUUCAGCAUUUCGAUGACAGCAUCAGCUAUCCUUCCAGCCAAUUUAUUGUCAUAGACUAAAUACCUGUGCAGCAUGUGGAGACAUUUGUCUAAGACUAAGAAAUGGCUGAGCAUUUGGAUAUGAUUCAAAUCUUGCUCCUGGUAAAGUGCAAUGCCAGAAUGAGGUCUUACAGACUCACUUUACGUUCUGUGGUAGCACUGAAUGAUAUGAACUUCAUAGACCCGGAUUCCAGGGAGGGUCCAAACUCCAGACGAUACAGCAUGCAGUUUUGCAGUGUGGUGACUAAUAACCACACCAGCAGGUUCAGUAUGAAGCCAUGAAGAGAUUGGAUGGUAAUCAGCUAUUCAUCUGCAGACUGGAUCACAGGAAUCUGGAGUGUGAUGCCAGAAGCAUACUCACUGAUGAUGUAUAUAUGUGCUGAUGAGUAGUUUAAGCACAAGAAUUCUGCUUUACUCAUGAGUCCUGACAUAAGUUUUCUUAUCUAUUACGUAGGUGGUACAUCUCUGAUGGGAUUACUGUGCCUAAGGCAGUUUCUGAUUGUUCUGUGCAUGAAUGUUGUGUUGCAUUUGGGUUUUAAAUCAAUGGAACUGGCCACUGGGUAAGGGAUUUGUACUGGAAUUGUAGAAUUAGUCUCAAUUUGUACCAAAUCCAUUACAAUUAUUUUUAUAUUUUUGAGAACA